CCAGUUCUUCCCGCACGCCGCCCUCUCAGUCACUUGUCACACUGUUUGCCAGACUUUGUGCGUACAACUGCAUAGAACAAGAUCCAGACCGCAGCUCCGCCGCACGCCUUGCUGCCAUAUCUCACCGGCAGAGCUACGAACCCACGAGGGGCAUUUCUUACCACACGCCCCAACUACCUCCUACCCUGCCCUUCUUCUAUAGCGACCUCCGGAGUCUCGCCGCAUAGUCACGCAGACGCACCGCCGUAAGCGCAAGUGAUACAUAGGAAGCGCAUCAUGGCAGGGACGCGCAACUACGACUUCCUAAUCAAACUCCUCCUUAUAGGCGACAGUGGUGUAGGCAAGUCGUGCUGCUUGCUGCGGUUCAGCGAGGACUCCUUCACUCCAAGCUUCAUCACUACAAUCGGCAUCGACUUCAAGAUCCGAACCAUCGAGUUGGAUGGCAAGCGCGUCAAACUGCAGAUAUGGGAUACCGCCGGUCAAGAGCGCUUCCGUACCAUUACCACGGCGUAUUACAGGGGUGCUAUGGGCAUUCUGCUAGUCUACGACGUGACAGACGAGAGAAGUUUCAACAACAUCAGGACGUGGUUCUCGAAUGUGGAACAGCACGCCUCGGAAGGCGUUAACAAGAUCCUCAUCGGCAACAAGUGCGACUGGGAAGAAAAACGCGCAGUCUCCACAGAGCAAGGCCAGGCACUCGCCGACGAGCUGGGCAUUCCGUUCCUGGAGGUUUCUGCAAAGUCCAACAUCAACGUCGACAAGGCCUUCUACAGCCUGGCUGCCGACAUCAAGAAGCGCAUCAUCGACACGCAGAGCCAGAAUGCGCCUGCAGCAAACACGGGGGUCAGCAUCGGUGAGCAACAGGGAAGCGGGGGAGCAUUCAAGCAGUGCUGCUAAGGAUUGCCUCGAGUUCGUUAGCGACGGAGCUGAGGAGAGAGCGAGAAGAGACACGACUGACGUGAGGGACCUGCCGGUCCCUCUGCAUGAUAGAGGCGGGUGGGCAUCGGCGUUAAUUAUCAAACGGGUAGGCGUCAGGUCGGAGGGAAUCCGUGCUUGCUUGAAGAGUGAUCUAGCAUGUGUAUAGCUUUUUCUGGCUCGCUUUAACGUUGCAAUUUAUAGGAUAUCCUGCGCUUGACUGCGAAUAUCUUUGAUCCGUCCUCAGUUUUUGCACGUCGGUCUCUUGCUAAAGCUUGAAUCUGGACUCGAUCUUCACAAAGUAGACGCAGGACCAGCACGAUGGAGUUUCCUUACGCACUUAUCGUUGUGCAUUCGUGUGUCUCAGCUCUGCCGUCUGUGGCGGAUUGUCCAACCAUGUUAGACUUGAUCCGCGGCCUGGGACUAUUCCUCUCGUUCGGAGAAAAGUGAUGGACCUAGUCACACGUCCAAGGUGAAUCUACUUGUUCCUUGCUGAUUAAAGAUAUGGCAAUCUUUGUGUACUUCAUCAUUUCACCUCGGAUCAAAUUGAGCAAAUCAUUAUGGACACUUGAGGAGAUUGGUA